AUGAAGAGGCCAACCGACGGCGAAAACGUGUACUCAGUGGACGCAACUGAGCCAUUGGUGCAAAAAUUUCUAGAAGAGGAAUUCUUAAAGAGGGAAUUCACUGACUCCGCUGCAGAUGAAGAGGUCGAAAAAGAAGUGGAAGACUGGUUUGAGACCAUGAAAGUCGGAGAGAUGGACGACCAAGCCAUCGCAAAGGCGAUAACGGAUUUUUGCGAGCUUCCGAGACCAACUGGGUCAAGUGGGACAGCUCAAGUAUCUAGCCUAGCGAAGCGGCUUAAUCAAGGCAAUCCACUAGAAAAAGAAGCGGCAGAAAACCCUCUGCCUACUGAAGAGCCAAAGCCCGAACAAGAGUUGAAGCCCCUUCCAGCACAUCUUAAGUACGCCUACUUGGGGAAGGAAGAAACAAUGCCCGUUAUCAUCAACAGCCGGUUGACCCAGGGGCAGGAAGACAGAUUGCUGGAAGUGCUGAAGAGAAAUCAAAAGGCGAUUGGAUGGAAACUGACGGAUUUGGUGGGCAUCAGCCUAUAUUUGUGUAUGCACCACAUCCGAUUGGAAGAAGGAGCCAAGCCACACCGCGACCAACAAAGAAAACUCAACCCUAACAUGAGGGAAGAGGUGCUUAAGGAAAUUUUCAAGUUGGUCUCGAUUGGAAUCAUCUACUCCAUCCCGGACAGCAAAUGGGUCAGUCCAGUGCACAUGGUGCCGAAGAAAGGAGGAAUCCAAGUCGUAAAAAAUGAAAGGAACGAAUUGAUUCCGACAAGACCGGUUACUGGGUGGAGAAUGUGCAUAGACUACAUGAAGCUGAACCAAGCUACAAAGAAGGAUCACUUCCCCCUGCCUUUCAUUGAUCAAAUGUUGGAAAAGUUGGCGGGGAAGCUGUACUUCAGUUUUUUGGAUGGUUAUAGUGGCUAUUUCCAGAUUGCCGUAAACCCAGGUGACCAAGAGAAAACAACGUUCACCUGCCCCUUCGGCACAUAUGCUUACAGAAGAAUGUCUUUGGCCUCUGUAACGCCCCAGGAACCUUCCAGAGAUGCAUGA